AUGAACCACAAGCCACGCCAAUCAAGCAAACCAACCAAACUCAAGCCCACGCAACCCACGCCAGGCCGAACCAAGCCCGCCGCCGCAGUCCCUCCCGCGGCAUCGCAAGCGGAGUCAAUUCGAGUCAAGUCCCAGCGCGAUGCCCCGAGUCUGCGAUCACCAGCGGCGCCGUCCAUGACUUCCCGGUCCCAAUUUCCCGAACGGACGAGUCGCUUACCAAUUUCCUCUUCGGAUCAGUCACCGCGCCCUCGGGCUGACACUGGGGCUGACAAUAAGGCUGACACUGAGGCUGACAAUAAGGCUGACACUGUGGCUGACAAUAAGGCUGACACUGUGGCUGACAAUAAGGCUGACACUGUGACUGACUAUAAGGCUGACACUGUGGCUGACAAUAAGGCUGACACUGUGGCUGACAAUAAGGCUGACACUCUGGCUGACAAUAAUGCUGACACUGUGGCUGACAAUAAGGCUGACACUGUGGCUGACAAUAAGGCUGACACUGCUGACACUGUGGCUUACAAUAAGGCUGACUAUAAGGCCGACAAUAAGACUGACACUGUGGCUGACAAUAAGGCUGACACUGUGGCUGACAAUAAGGCUGACACUGUGGAUAACAAUAAGGCUGACACUGUGAAUGACAAUAAGACUGACACUGUGGCUGACAAUAAGGCUGACGCUAUGGAUGACAAUAAGAUUGACACUGUGGCUGACAAUAAGGCUGACGAUAAGGCUAACAAUAAGGCUGACACUGUGGCUGACAAUAAAGCUGACAAUGUAGCUGACAAUAAGGCUAACAAUAAGGCUGACAGAGUGGCUGACAAUAAGGCUGACACUGUGGCUGACAAUAAGGCUGAAACUAUGGCUGACAAUAAGACUGACACUGUGGAUGACAAUAAGACUGACACUGUGGCUGACAAUAAGACUGACACUGUGGCUGACAAUAAGGCUGACACUGUGGCUGACAAUAAGUCUGACACUGUGGCUGACAAUAAGUCUGACACUGUGGCUGACAAUAAGGCUGACAAUAAGGCUAACAAUAAGGCUGACACUGUGGCUGACAAUAAGGCUGACAAUGUAGCUGACAAUAAGGCUAACAAUAAGGCUGACACUGUGGCUGACAAUAAGUCUGACACUGUGGCUGACAAUAAGGCUGACACUGUGGCUGACAAUAAGGAUGACACUGUGGCUGACAAUAAGACUGACACUGUGGCUGACAAUAAGUCUGACACUGUGGCUGACAAUAAGUCUGACACUGUGGCUGACAAUAAGUCUGACACUGUGGCUGACAAUAAGGCUGACACUGUGAAUGACAAUAAGACUGACACUGUGGCUGACAAUAAGGCUGACGCUGUGGAUGACAAUAAGAUUGACACUGUGGCUGACAAUAAGGCUGACAAUAAGGCUAACAAUAAGGCUGACACUGUGGCUGACAAUAAGGCUGACAAUGUAGCUGACAAUAAGGCUAACAAUAAGGCUGACACUGUGGCUGACAAUAAGUCUGACACUGUGGCUGACAAUAAGGCUGACACUGUGGCUGACAAUAAGGAUGACACUGUGGCUGACAAUAAGACUGACACUGUGGCUGACAAUAAGUCUGACACAGUGGCUGACAAUAAGUCUGACACUGUGGCUGACAAUAAAGCUGACACGGUGGCUGGGAACACGACUGACAACAUAACUGACCCUGUGGCUGACAACAUGGCUGACACUUUCUAA